AUGAAGUGGACUUUCCUAUUGAAUGAAAAUGUAAGGAAGUUUGCUCAUUUCCAUUUAGCGAUGAUAACUUGCGCAAUUCUUGGUAACUACGGUCGUGAAGCAGUCACAGCUCUAUCGACAUAUUCUCCAUCAUAUAUUAGUUCCGGUACAGUACUCUGGAGUAAUUGUGGCGGUUGUCUCCUAAUGGGUUUAUUUCAAGUUAUGAACGCUGAGACAGGUUGGUUUACGGAUUAUCCAAAUCUGUUUGCCGCAGUGACUACAGGGUUUUGUGGAUCUUUUUCUUCUUUUUCCACUAUGAUGAUUGAAGUCUUUGAAUAUUCUUCAAGCCAAACUGCAUCAAAUCUUAAAAAUCAUACUAAAUUGCCAAAUAGAGCAUAUGGUAUUAUGGAAUGGCUCUCUGUGGUCAUUACACAUAUUUCUAUCUCAAUGUGUGGAUAUAUCUUUGGUAGAUAUUUAGGUACAGAAAUUGUUAUUAAAGUAGCGACAAUUGAAGAAGAAAUAUUUGAUAAAGAAAAUAGAACAAUAAGGAAAAGACCUCAUCCAAUGGUGAAUAAAAUUAUGAAGACCGUAUAUGUUGCUAGUAUAGUCGCUGCGGUACCUUUAAUCAUCCUUAUUGUAGUUUUAGCAGCCUAUUACGAUAAUUAUUCUCGUGGCAAAUGGACUUUACCACCUUUAUUUGGUAUAUUCGGAGCAUAUGGUAGACUCUAUGUAUCCAAAUGGUUAAAUCCGAGAAGUAAUAACUUUUUUUAUGGCACAUUUGCUUGUAACGUCUUUUCUACUCUGGUAUUAAGUGUCCUCACAAUGGUUAUACGUGGGAAAUUACAUCGUGAUAAUCCCUUACCGAUAGUCCACACAAAGAAUGCUUGUCGUGUUAUUACAGCGUUUAUGAGUGGAUUUUGUGGUAGUUUAAGUACAUUAAGUACUUUCGCUAAUGAAGCUUACAAAUUACCAUUGCCAAGAACCAUUAUCUAUUACUUAUCGACGAUUAUCCUAUCGUAUGUUUUAGUAGUGGUUACAUUGGGUUCGUAUGCCUGGACAAAAGGCCUAACACAAUCAUACUGUUAA